AUGGCUCCUCCUAUAUUCUGCUAUGCAAGGGGAACAAUUAUGCUUUUCCUGAUAAUCCCUCUUGCACAUGCCCACCUUGUGUCUUUUGAUUACCCUAUGUUUAAUCACAACUGUAAAGAGCUACCAGAGCUUGAUGGUGAUGCCACUAUUGAAGAUUCUGACAAUAUUAUUCAACUCACUGGGUAUACUGAUGACCCAGAUAAGGCUUCUAGUGUUGGUCGAGUCACAAGUCCCAAACUUAUCAAACUUUAUAACAGAAGCACAAAUGAAGUGUAUGACUUUAGGACGAAGUUUUCUUUUACUAUAUUUUCAAAUCACAGUUCUUAUGGAGAUGGUUUGGCAUUCUUCCUAGCAAGCUCAAAUCUCACAAAAGCAAAUCGUAUAGGAGGUGGAGGGGGUUUUGGUCUUGUGCCUGCAAACGAAGUUGCUUUAAACUCAACUGAGUAUUCAAUUGUGUUAGUGGAGUUUGACACGCACAAAAAUAUUUGGGACCCAGGGUUCCCCCACGUGGGAGUGAAUAUCAAUUCUGUGGUGUCCGACACAAAUAUCGAAUGGUUCUCAAAUGUUUCGGAAAGGAUGGUUUAUAAUUGUAGCAUCGAAUACAUAUCCAGAAAUAAUGUUCUGAAUGUUUCUUUCACUGGAUACAGAUUGAACGCAUGGCAAGAGCCACAGAACUUUUCACACAUCAUUAAUCUAAGAGAGCAUUUACCAGAGUAUGUUAGGGUUGGCAUAUCAGCUUCAACAGGAAAAGUGGACGAGGAACAUAUGCUGCUCUCAUGGUCUUUUAGUACAAGCCAACCAAGUUAUUUUGUAGUUGAUCCUCGGAAGACUAAAUUGUGGGAGGGAUUGGCAGUUGGUGGUGUAUGUUUGUCUUGGAGUUUAGUAGCAAUUUUAAUCAUUUUCUUGUGGAAGAAGAACAAAGGAAAAGAAGAUGAACCUACUUCAGAAACCACUUCUGAUCAGGAUAUGGAUGAUGAAUUCCAAAUGGGUGCUGGACCAAAGAAGAUUAGUUAUUAUGAAUUGUUGAAUGCAACAAACAACUUUGAAGAGACACAGAAGCUAGGCCAAGGUGGUUUUGGCGGUGUUUAUAAGGGCUAUUUUAAAGACUCGAACUCAGUUGCAGCUAUCAAGAGGAUUUCAGCAGAUUCAAGGCAGGGUGUAAAACAAUACUCCGCAGAAGUGAAGAUCAUUAGCCAGUUGAGGCAUAGAAAUUUAGUGAAACUCACUGGUUGGUGCCACAAGAAGAAUGAACUUAUCCUGAUAUACGAAUACAUGCCUAAUGGCAGCUUAGACUUUCAUCUUUUUCGCGGAGGAAGCAUCUUGCCUUGGAACUUAAGGUACAAUAUAGCUCUUGGGUUGGCCUCGGCAUUGCUUUAUUUGCAGGAAGAAUGGGAAAAAUGUGUGAUUCAUAGGGACAUAAAAUCAAGCAACAUAAUGUUGGACUCCGACUUCAAUACUAAGCUAGGGGAUUUUGGUCUAGCUAGGUUGAUGGAUCAUGAGAAAGGGUCAGAAACCACAGUUGUAGCUGGAACCCGAGGUUACCUAGCACCUGAAUACAUUGACACAAGCAAGGCUAGAAAAGAAUCAGAUAUAUUUAGUUUUGGGGUUGUUUUGUUGGAGAUAGCCUGUGGAAAAAAAGCCAUACACCACCAAGAAUUAGAGGGUGAAGUAUCAUUAGUUGAAUGGGUUUGGGAGCUGUAUGGAUUGAGAAAUCUAAUUGUAGCAGCAGAUCCAAAGCUAUGUGGGAUAUUUGAUGUGAAGCAAUUGGAAUGUUUGCUAGUUGUUGGACUUUGGUGUGCUAAUCCAGAUAUCACUUCAAGACCAUCGAUAAAGAAAGUGAUUAAGGUGCUCAACUUUGAAGCUCCAUUACCAAUUCUUCCACUAAACAUGCCAUUCUUAGCCUCUCUAUCUCCUACAACUAAUGAGCAAUUUUUCUCCGUUCCUUCUUUCUUUAGGUCUACAGGUUAGCCAGAACUUGUAUGUAAGCAGAAAUGUAAGCAGAAUGUAGUCAUUUAUCACUAGGAUAUUGGUUAUUCAUAUCCAGUUUGGGAUUUGUGAGUUAAAUGUGCUUACAAUUGUAGCACUUUUCAUUUAUACAUAUAACCAACAUUCUGUAAGUUUUACACAUAUAACCAUUCUGUAAGCUUUUUUUGAACCAACUAUUCUGUAAGUCAUAUAAGGGGAAUUAAACUAUCUAGCACCUGCAUCGACACAUCCGGAAGGCAUGUCCAGUGUCCAACACCGGCUCAUAUGACUAUA